GCUGCUGUUACAAGUGCUGGGAACUGAGUUUAGAGCUUGAGGAUCCUGCCUGGUGGAGGUGAACAUAUUUCUGGGGUGUCGGAAAACUUAUUAUCCAGGGGCGACAUACUGUGUAGUGGAAGGAAAGCGUUACAGAUCAGGUAAAGCUACAGGCCAGUUCGAAAUGGGAGUUGUCUUUAAUCACUGACAUUCUCCUUAUGGGAUUAAUUGUCUCCUGAGGUACAAGUGUACUGUGCUAAAGGACAUCCCUGUGGCAUAAAUACUAAGCCUUUUUGGUAAUGUUUUUACACACAUAAAUUUGUUGCCACCACGUUGCUGCUCUGCAAGGGGUCCCUCACAGUGCUUACUAGGAUAUCUAUUGCUUUAUUACUGGAAUUCUCUGUCACUAUGGAGAAGGGAAAGAAGAGCGGCCUGCGCAAACUGGGAUGGUUUUUCUCUAAAAGUCGUUCCGGGGAUGAAUAUAAUGGGGUUACUAUGGAGACAUCGCAGGAUAGCAGGAGGCGCUCAGAGGAUGAUGUGGAAGAGGUGAUGGAGAUGCCCUCAAACGAGCUUUGCUCCCCUAAAGAUUUAGAAUUACCAUCCUCACCAGCAGAAACCAAGAAAAAAACAUUUGGGAGCUGGAGACUGAAGAAGAGCAAGAGAAAAACUUUGGAUCAUAUAUCUACAUUUCCACCUUCUCCAGGCCUUUCCGACAAGAGCAGCAGGUCCUAUGAAAGCCCAGAUAGUAAAGACGUCCAGGCAUAUUCAACGUUUGCAUCCUCUCAAGAAGAGACUGAAGGGACUUCUGAGCUACCUUUGCCUUUAGAAGAAAAUAUGGACCACCUGCAGGCAUCUGUGACUCAAACCCAUGAGUCUAGGGCACAGCCAGCAGAGUCACCUAAGAAAGACAGUACUAAAAAACCUGUUUUAGGGAAGAUUGGAAAUCUCUUCAAUUCCACCAGAAAGAGUAAAAGCAAAUCCAUUUCAGACUCUCCCACAAGCCCAACUAAUGAAAAGACUGGAACCACUACCAGGACCACAGAACAUAAAAGAUCUUCAGGGACUGCCGGAACCAAAGAGCAGAAUCAAGAAAACACAGCCUCUCCUUCAGAAGCUGUAUUAGGUAAUAUUUCAUGCCAGUUCUCAGAGGACGGAGACAGUCAGUGUGUCAGUCCAAGUGGGAAUGAAGUUAAUAAUGGUAACUUUGACAAUGGAUUAUCUAAUCUGCAGCAGGUCAGUGAAAAUAACCCAACUGGACUAAAGAGUAAGGCAUAUGUUUCAUCAACUGGAAGCCCUGUUAAUGCAUCUUUAGACAAAAGUAAAAGCCCUUUGGCUAGACCUGAAAAGCAAAGCAGUGGAAGAACUUUCUCUAAUCUAGCUGUCAGGCGACAAUCUUCUUCUGACAGUGAUUCAACUAAAAAUAGUUGUAGAAAGCACCAAAGUUUUUUACAGGAAAGCAGUGUUAAUAAAGAAGAGUCACCUAGAGCACAACCAAAGAAAAACACAAAAUUUUCCAGCAGGCCAACAGACUCAAAACCAGAAAAACUUGUUCCAGCUGUGGAUAGUGAAGCACCUGGAGCUGCAAAGUUGUCUUUAGGCACUGCCUCAAAGAAUAAUGUAAGAGAUGGGGAAAGACUGCAACCACAUGAAGCAUCAGAUGACCGUAACUGUUUAAACGAGACGGUGAAUAUUGUUGCUGCUGCAUCCUAUCAAGCUUCAUCAGAACAGGAAAAUUACCCCAUAUCUCAGACUGAAAAUCUGAAUGGUCACAGUGAAAGCAACUGUGGUUCAAAGGCGUUAUCUUUUGAUAUUUAUCUGGCAAAAAACACUGAAACAAGUUCUCCAACACAACUACUGAAUUUUAGUAGUGGAGAGACAAUGGAAAAGAGCCCAAACUGUAGAAAAGCAAACAGAAAGAAAAGGUCUCUAAAGAGUCAGAGUAGUCAGAAUGACGAAAAACAAAUUGAAAACACCAUGCCAGAUGAACAAAACACUGAUCUUGCUUUCAGUUUUGAAGCGGUGACAGAAAAUGUGACAAUAUCUGAGAGUAAAGGUAAACCUUUGCCUCUGUCACCUGAUACUACUGGCCCUUUAUCAGCCAACCAAGAUGUCAGGGCAGGGGCUAAUCGCAAAUUGUCACCUAAGGGUGAAUCAGACAAAGGUAAACAGCAACACCCAGCCUCCAGUCCUAUGAGGAAAAAAAAAGAAAAGGAAAAUCAGUCUGGCUCCAUUCCUGCUUCUCCAACUGCUCGAAAAGCACAAGGUUCUCUUUUCAAAAAUCAACCAGGGACACUUGCCAAAGCAGCUGAAGGUAACUAUUCUGUUCUUGUUUCCACAACAAAAGCCGCCUACGUGGAAAAAGCAUCUGUGCCUGGUUCCUCUGCUGGAAGCAGUGGGGAAGAUUGUAUGACAGUGUCAUGUGAGAGUGCUGGGGCGUUUACAUCACAGACUGCAGGUACUGAGGACAGGAGGACACUGACUGAUGAAGAACAGAGUCCCCUUCCACUGGGCAGCACCACUCUGUCACCAUCUGACUUCAGCAUUAUAAACCUCAAAGCCUCUACGGACAUUUCAAAGCCCACCAUAACCACAAAGCUCAAUAUUGCUCCUAAACCAAAGAAUGUGGAAUUGCCUAUCAAAUCUAAACUUGCUGGUAGCACUGAAAGUUUAAAGGACCCUACGACGGGACAAGCCAUCCAUAGAGGAAACACAGCUACUAAGAUUUCUUUGUUUGAGAACAAAAAAACAAGCCAAAAGCAAAUAGAUUUCUAUGCAACAAAGAGCAUCUCCCAGCCAAAGAAAUAUGUUGAAAGAGCCAAACUAAACUUUGGUAAAAAAGAUUCCAUUUCGGCUAACAAACAGAUCACGGAACUAAGAAGUCCUGAUGCAAACAAAAUAGAGGACAUUCCUAAAGAAACAAAAGCCAAAAAAGGAGCAGAUCGACCAGAUUAUGGCAACAAUAAAUUAGAUAAUAAAGGUAAAUCUGAAAACCAUCUGCUGGACCAAAUGCUCAAGGACGAAAGCAAAAAUGACUUGGUUACAUCCAAAUUAUCAGAGGCAUCUGAAACAGAAUGUGAUGGGCAACUAAAAUAUAUUUCGGAAGUUGGUUUGAUCUCUAUAAAUGCAGAAGAAGAUACAUUGUCAGCUUUGCCAUUAGAUUGCUCUGUUCAUUUUAAUGAGAAUACAGCUCAGUUGCCUAACAAAGCAAAUUUAGAUUCAGGUCUCGAAGAAAAGUAUAACACAGGUAUGGGAAAUUUCAAUACAAACACUAAAGCCCAAGCAAAUUUAGAGGAAACCGAACAAAAAAGCAGCCCCUUCUUGGAAAAUUAUAGCACUCCUUUAUUAUCUGAAAAUGAAAUUGUAUUUUCUGAGUUGUCAGCCCCCCAGACUGAAGAAGUUCAAGAGAAUGACAAUGAAGAAGGGAAAGGUGUUUCAAAAGUAAUACCACCAGCGAAUUCUGUGCAGGUUAAUAAAAAGUCCACACAUUUGUCUGAAAACAGGAAGAAAUCUCAGGAAACUGAAACUGUAAUAAUUGUUAAUAGUCAGAAUAAUGUGCAGAAUUGUACAGAACAGAGUAAUUCACAGAAACAUAAUGAGCUAGCUGAUAAAAAGGACAUUUUCAAACAAACAAACCAGAACACUGAUGACUCCAAGGACUCUAAAUUACAACCUUCCAGUAAUGAUGUGCAUGUUUCUCAUCAGGAGAGCUUUUUAAAUGCUGAAUUAUUAGACAAAACUUCUCAUAAACAGGCAAAUAUUCAGACACCUGUAACUGAAAACUCUUUGCUUGGUCAAGACACAGUUGCUGAUGGCCUGUGCCAAGAACAAGAUGAAAAUCAAAAUAUAUCUGUAGUGAGUGAAACUAAUAAUGAAAUUCUGCAAACAAAUAAUAUGCCACAGGAUGAACACUUGAGUGCAGAUUUACAGAAAGAAGCCAAUAUUCCUGUUUUAGAAAUAGAUGGGAAGAGUUAUGAAGCCAUAUCUGGCGACAAUGUUAGCCAAACAGUUUUUACUACAGGCACACUACGUAAACCACAGGAACAAAAUGCAAGUACAGAUGUAGAGAAAUAUGUUUCUGUUUUGCACUCAGAAACAGUUAAGAAAAUCUAUAAGGACAACUCUGCUAUAGAAAAUAAUAGCCAAACAAGUUGUGCAUCACACAUGGCACAUUCAGUGCAGGAGGGAAAUUUAAGCAUAGAUUCACAUGAGGAAAGUUUAUUGUCUGUUGUUCACCCACAAUCAACUGAUAAUAUCUAUGAAAAUAACUCUGAAAAGUUUGUCACUGGUAAUGGCAGGCAUAUCAAUAAUAUACUAGACACAUCACAUACACAACAUGAAGAAAAUGAAAGUGCAGUUUUGCAGAAAGAAACUAAUGCUCAGAUUUUAGACCCAAAAUUACCUGAGACUGUGUGUGAAGAUGGCAUAACUGUUUGUGGUGAUAAUACCAUCCAAAUAAAUUCUACAAUAGACACUGCACAUACAGCACAGGUGGAAAAUCUAAGCACAGUUUUACAAAAGGAAACAAAUUUUCCGGUUUUGCAUCCAUUAGUAACUGAGGAAAUUCAUGAAAAUGUAUCUCACAAGUCAACUGUGCUUAAUAAUGACAAAUAUACCAGUAAAACACAGGAAACACCUCAUGCACCACAGGAAGACAAUCAGAGUACCGUUUUACAGAAAGAAAUGAAUGGUGUUAAUUUGCGCCCUGAAACAACUAUGGAAAGCUUGCCUAAAUUAGUCAAGAAUGAAGGUGAUGUAUGCAUUCAUAAUGGUUUGGAUGUCACAAAGGAACAGGAAGAUAUCACCCAUGAAGUGACCGUGUUUUCCUUAAAAGAUGAUGAUGUUGUCUAUGAGCAUAUUGCUUUUGUGCAUGACAAUCAGUUGUCACAAAAUGUUGCUAAUGCUGAAGAUGCAAGAAACCAAAGUUCUGCAGAUUCUGAAAAAGUUGAUGUCCUUACAGCACUGCAUGCAGCAAAUGAAAAGAGCGUAUGUGAGAAGACAGUGGAUGAUUCAGUUUCCAUCUAUAGUCAAAAUGGCUGUGUGGGUGGAACAGAAUCUCUUAGUAAUGCUGUUCUGAAAUAUGCAGUGGAUAGUGAAGAGCAAUUUAAAAAGUUACAAAAAAGUCCAGAAAGAAUUGUGAGCUGCUCUGUAACCAGUGACGAUAGCAUCUUAGAUUCAUCUUCAGAUAUGGAACAGUUUGCAGAAACAAUCAGAAAGCUGGAAAGCCCAAUAACUAUGCCUCAAAAAAGAAAAAAGGCUAGAACUCCAAAGCCUCCAAGCCCAUACUAUGGUUUGCCCCCCAUUCAUGAGGACUUUUUAGAAAAGAUACUGGAUUCUGAAACUUUCUCAUUUGGCUUAGGAAGAAAAGAGAAGUCAAAUAACCUUGCACCCCUGGCAUUGUUUAAACUGCAAAGCAAAGAGACUGCGGAGAAGUUAAAACCAAAACGGGCAUCUACUGAGCAAAGCUUGCUUUUGAAAUCUCUGAGACCAACUCGGGAAACUCCUAAACCACAGGAAACAUGUGACAAGGAAAAUGCAGAUGUUACCGACUUUGAAGUCAAACGGUCUCGCAUAGACUCAAUGUAUGCUGGAUCAAAAUCAACCAGUGUCUCGCGAUCAGAAGAAAAUAUAUUUUCCCCUACUGUGACCACAGUCAGCAGUAUUACUACCUCAUUUGUAACAGAUAAGAAAGACUCUUCAGAGAACAGCACUUAUUUCAGAACUGUGGACUCUUUACAGACUGUUCAGGCAUCUGAAAAAGAGAGUGAAUGGAACAAUGAAACAAAUAAAUCGUUAGGGUUGGCUAGUGAAGAUAAGCUGCAUACUGAUUUUUCACUGUUAUCAUUCUCAGACAUCAUGGAAAAUAAUUUGCAAACCAGUGCUGCUUCACAACUUUCUUAUCAUACAGAAGUACAACUGCCUGCAGCUAUAAAUCCUUCUUCAUCCAUUGUAAAUGUGUUUCCUAAAGCCCCUCCUGAUAAUACUCUAAAAUCGAAUCCUUUGAACAGUGAUAGUUCUGCCAAAAAUGUCUCGGAUAUAUUUUAUUUUAAUGGCGUGGCUCUGGACCCUAUUCUUCCUAAUACUGGCUCAAUGGCAUUUUCUGGGAAAGGAGUUGAGAAAAUUAACCCCAGACCAGGAAAGAUCGUGAUAUUCAGUGAAGCAAACUGUGAAGGUACAGUCUAUGAAAUCUUCACAGAUGUUGCAGAUUGUUCCUCUUGGGAGCUAUCACCAACCAUUGGUAUCAAGACCAUAAGAGGAUGCUGGAUUCUAUAUGAGCAUCCAAAUUUUGAAGGGAGAUCCAUUGCUUUGGAAGAGGGAGAUUUAGAACUUACUAACCCAUGGGGAGAAGAACCACAGUCAGAGGACAACCUCCCACCCACUGUAAUUGGAUCUCUAAGGCUUGUAGUCAAGGACUACAGGGUUUGUCAGAUUGAUUUGUUUACAGAACCAGAUGGAUUAGGCAUCAUGGCAUCUUAUUUGGAUGACACUGAAGAACUACAGGUUUAUGGGAAAUUGCAGAAGACUUGUUCCAUUAAAGUGCACUGGGGAGUGUGGUUGGUUUAUGAAGAACCUGGUUUUCAGGGCAUACCGUUUAUCAUAGAACCUGGAGAGUAUCCUAAUCUUUCAUUUUGGAAUACGAUGGAAGCCUACAUAGGUUCACUAAGACCUUUAAAAAUGGGAUGCCGCAAAGUUGAAAUCCCAUAUGAACCAAAGAUUAUUAUUUAUGAGAAGCCACUUUUUGAAGGAAGGCAAGUGGAGCUUGAGAAAGAAGUACUAAAGCUGAAAGAUCUAGAAACUGAAGAAGCUAUCAAAAAGCAAGAAUUGGCACCAUUUACUAUUGUUGGAUCACUGAGAGUCAUCAGUGGUUUGUGGGUCGGUUAUGAGAAGCCAGGAUUUGAAGGCCAUCAGUAUUUACUAGAAGAAGGUGAUUAUGAAGAGUGGAGUCAGUGGGGUGGCUUUGAUGGACUUCUACAGUCAUUACGGCCAAUAGUAUCAGACUUUUCAGCACCUCAUAUGACAAUGUAUAGUGAGAAGGACUUGGAUGAGAAAGCACCUAAUAUCAAUGUUUUGGGGAUUAUUUCAAACAUGGAUGAGACAGGAUAUGGAGAAAAGACUCAAUCCAUUCAUGUUCGGAGUGGAGUGUGGGUGGCAUAUGAAACCCCUGAUUUCACAGGAGAGCAGUACGUAUUGGAGAAAGGAAUGUACUCUCACUUUGGUGCUUGGGGUGCCAAGGACUUCAAGAUUUCUUCUGUCCAGCCACUUGUAAUGGACGCAGUUGAAAAUUCAAGGGGUGGAUUUAAGGUUCAACUGUUUUCAGAGCCAGACUUUAAAGGCAGCACUCAUAUAUUUGAAGGAGAUGCAAAUAGUAUUGAGGAUUCAUUCACAACAAAGUCUUGCAAGGUUUUUUCAGGCCGAUGGGUUGCAUAUGACAAGGAAGAUUUUUCAGGAAAUCUCUGGGUAUUAGAAGAAGGCAACUAUCCCAGUUUAUGCGCAAUAGGAUGCCAACAGGAGACAGCUAUACGCUCUUUGCAAACUAUAAACUAUGAGUUUUCAGAACCAAGCAUUGUUCUUUAUGGAAAACAAAACUUCCAAGGAAGAAAAGUAAAACUAAGCACAGUAACAACAAAUCUACAGGCCAUGGGUUACUCACCAGAUUUGCUGUCUGCUGAAGUUCUCGGAGGCAUAUGGGUUCUUUAUGAAUAUAGCAACUACAGAGGCCGUCAGAUCAUUCUUUCGCCCAGCAAGAUUGCAGAUUGGCGUACUUUUAGUGAAUGGAAUAUGAUAGGAUCUUUACGCCCACUUCAACAGAAACGCCUAUAUUUCAAGCUCCAGAAUAAGGAUAGUGGAAUGUUUCUCUCUACGAAUGGAAAUUUAAGUGACGUAAAACUCUUGAGGAUACAAGUUAUGGAAGACACAGGAGCUGAAGAUCAGAUCUGGGUUUAUCAUGAAGGAGUCAUUCGUUGUCGGAUUGCAGAAGACUGUACCUUUGCAACAACGGGCAGCCUGAUUAACGCUGGCAGCAAACUUGGUCUAACACUGGAAGAGACAGGAGCGAGCAUGCACUGGAAUAUCAGCUCUGAUGGCAGGAUAUACACCAGCUCAAAGCCAAACCUUGUAUUAGAUAUCAAAGGAGGAAAUCAGUAUGACCAGCAGCACGUUGUACUGAACCCUUUCACAGAGGGGAAACUGACUCAGCUGUGGGAAGUUUGUAUUCUGUGAGGGAAGUCACUACUAUGGAUCUAAGGAACAAGUGGAAUUGCUUUGUGUCAGACCUGCACUGUAUGUAUGUGCUCAGAGAAGAAACAACAGAUUCCUCAACGCACCAUUCAUUUUACAACUCUGCAAGCCAACCCUGCAACAAGGCCCUGGGUCAUAGCAGAGCUUCUCAUUAAGGAUGUCUACUUUUAAUACUGUUUCAUGCUCUAGGUGAUCCUACCCUGAAAACGUGGACUGCAUUUCACUGCAUUGCAGCCAUUGAAUCUUGUGCCAAGAGUGAAUUAAUCCCCUUAAAUUAAGGGAUAUGUCAGAAGAACCUUGAGAGUAUUUCACAUGCAAGCCUGUCUGAUUGCUGGGAUGUUCACAUGGUGUCAGAUUUCUGUUGGAUGUAUUAAAUGAGACUGAGGAAUCAACCCUUGUGGUAUAUGUAUACUACAAUUACAUAUUUACAAUGCUUUCCCUCUACACUAAAAACAGCACUACGGAGAUUUAAGGCAUCCAGCGUGCAUUCUAUUUUAUUCCUCUUUUAAGGUGACUAUACUUAAUAAAAGGACUGAUCUUUAUUGGGUCUCCUAGCAAAGGGGAUCUGAAGAAAUGUAACAAGUUAUAACAUGUCGGUUUAAAGGUAUAAUCACUGGCUCAUAAGUCCCUGGAACUUGAAAUGUCCUGCUUGCUUUCCUCCGAAUCCUUGCCCAGCCAUAUAUCUCAAUAUUUGCAUGUGGCCUUUUCCUACUGUACUGAAAUAUUAUAUGUGUGCCCAUGGGUUAUGGGUGCUGUUUCAACUCUGCACCCUCUGUAGUUUUAUCCCUGCAUAACACUAAAAAGCGAAGACCCUUAACGUAUUCUUUUCCCAGAAAACUCCACAUCAGCAGUUAAUUGAAUGUAAAGUUUAUUAAAACACUGCUCAUGCACUUUGCACCUUUUGUAGGGAAAUACCUUAUCAUAGCACAACAGUAAUGACUUCACAGGAAUAAUGGGAUCAUUUAGCUUAUUGUGUACACACAAUAUUUCUUCUCUGCGUAGCGCCUUUCAUACUAAUGCAUGGAAGUUGAUCCUAUAAGGGAACCUCUAGAAGGGAUUUUGUCAUGCUUCAAUACGUAGGUAUACAGUCAGUGAAUAAAUGCAUUGUGUGUAUAAUGCUGUAUGGCCAAACAGCUCUACCCAUUCUAGUAAAAAUAAAUGUAACUGCCACCUAUAACAGGACAUAGCCAUACCAAAUUUUAUUUUCAAAAUUUACGAACAAAUAUAUUUUUUAUAAGCGAUGCCUUUGUAUUUUACUUGUGAUGAAAGACAUUCUAUAGAUUUGCUAAUGGCAACUUUGCAACAACCAAUUUUAAAGCAGCUAUUAGUUUUGGACUAAUAUGAUUAAUACCAUUUCUUAAUAUCAUAUUUUAAUAUCCUUUUUCCUGAGCUGAGAUGUUUGCUGAAUCUUGCAUCUGAAACUGUUAGAUAAAGGAAAUCGCUGUGCCUUUGUGUUGGAGACAAAGCUUAGGGAUGGUGAUUGGACUUAAUGCACUCCAGGCUUUGCUUAGAGAGUGAUUUGCUCUGCAGCCUGGCUUGGAUCCUUCCUCCAACUAAUAACCAAAGUGUAGAGGUGCUGCAAUGCAUCUUAACCCUCUCAUUGUCAUUCAAUUUGAUCUCAUAGAGGAUAGGACGUAAAAGUAUAAGCACAUUUACAGAGGUCCACAUGCUGCCUGGAUGGAAUGUACAGUGUUGCCAGUGGGUCGCUUGCGAUACACAGGGUUCAAUGAGGAAGCCCAUUUCUGGCUUUCAACUGUAUUCUACAUCAAUCCCACCAUGUGUAGGAAUCCAUCUAGUUCCACAGACACACUGGGGAGCAAGUAUGAAAUGAUUGGUUUGACUGCUGUCAAAAUGAAAAGCAUUGCACUCACUCCAAAGAGAGACCUGACAUUGAUAGAUAACAAUAACAAUGUCCAUUGUCAUAGAGUUCAAAUGCACCAUGUUGCUAAGGGGAAACAAAUACUGUAGUUUUACUAUUUUAUUGUAGUCAUGUAUUAUAAAUUUGGAUAAAACAAGAAGUGCUGAUUUUUGUUUACUGCUGCGUCCCUGAAAACUGUGGACAUUUUUCUGCAAAUUUUCUUUCUGAAAAUAAACAUCUGUAAGAUAA